UACAGUUUUGGUGCCAUGUCCCGACCCUGUAACCGGCUUUCACUAGAAGGCGAAGGGUACAACAUAAUCCCUGUUCACAAUCUCGAUGCCAGUCAUCCGUGCGUUCGGUACCCUGAAGUACGCGCUGUCUUAUUAUCCUUGCGCGCCUUGGGUAACCUCAGGGAGCCACCAUACCACACAUGGCAUCCUUCUUCCAUGGACCUCCUCGAUUGGUUGGGACUAUUCUUUGGUUUCCAACACGAUAACGUAAAGAACCAAAGGGAACACCUUGUUCUCCACUUGGCUAAUGCCCAUAUGCGCCUCUCUAUGCCACCGGUUGACAACAAUGGAACCUUCCAAGCCAUAGUCCUCCGCGAAUUCCGGCGUAAGCUACUCGAAAACUACACUAACUGGUGUUCUUACCUGGGGAAGGCAUCCAACGUUGACAACUUGGAGUCUGAUACUCGUAGAGAGUUGCUUUACGUUGGACUGUAUUUAUUGAUAUGGGGAGAAUCCGCAAAUUUGAGGUUCAUGCCCGAAUGCCUCUGCUACAUUUUUCAUCACAUGGCCAUGGAACUGAACAAAAUCCUAGAAGAUUACAUUGAUGAAGACACGGGACGGUCAUGGAUACCAUCGAUAUCUGGGGAAAACGCGUUUCUAAACCGCGUUGUAAAGCCAAUAUAUGAUACGAUCGAGGCCGAGGUGGCGAAAAGCAAAAAUGGAACCGCCCCGCAUGAUACGUGGAGGAACUAUGAUGAUUUCAACGAGUACUUUUGGAGCAAAAGUUGUUUUCAUACUCUCAACUGGCCACUUGAUUUCAACAAUAAGUUUACAAGCGAAAGGAAAACUGGGUUUGUUGAACGAAGGACGUUUUGGAACGUUUACAGAAGCUUCAACAGGCUAUGGGUGAUGCUGUUUCUUUUCCUUCACGUAAUGGUAAUCUUGGCCUGGGAGGAGAAGAAGUAUCCAUGGCUGGCUUUGGAUAACAAGGAUGUUAAGGUUCGAGUUUUAUCAUUGUUCAUCACUUGGAGUGGGAUGAGGCUUUUCCAUGCUUUACUUGAACCAGCUAUGGAGUUUAGCCGUGUUUCGAGACACACGUCGCGACUGGUCCUUAGGAUGGUGCUACGGAUUUUGGUUGCUGCAGCCUGGACUGGCGCAUUUGUGUUUUGUUACACAAGGAUUUGGGUGCAAAGGAACCACGAUAAGCAUUGGUCUAAUGAGGCUAACCAAAGGGUAACUUUUUUUCUAGGGCUUGCAUUUCUUUAUGGGUUACCUGAACUGGCGGAAUUGGUGUUGUUUUUCCUUCCUUGUAUUUGCCUGAAUUCGAAAGUAUUUGACCUGCUAUCAUGGUGGUUCUAUGGUGACUGUUACAUCGGUCAAGGAUUGAGGGAAGGUCUGGUUGAUAGAAUCAAGUAUGUCCUAUUCUGGGUUUUGGUGUUAGGUACAAAAUUUACCGUCAGUUACUUCUUCCAGAUCAAGCCCAUGAUUAGCACAACAAAACAAUUGUUGGAUUCAACAAUUGCAGACUAUGAGUGGGACUGGCAAGCCCUAUUUAGUGUCAGCAACAAGUUCACUAUUGGGUUGUUGUGGUUGCCUGUGGUGUUGAUUUACUUGGCUGAUACUCAGGUUUGGUACUCAUUCUAUUCUCCCUUUGUGGGGGCUGCCAUGGGGUUGCUGCAACUGUUGGGUGAAAUUCGAAACAUCGAGCAGCUGAGAUGGAGGUUUCGGUUCUUUGCUACUGCCAUUCAAUUCAAUUUGCUGCCACAAGAGGAAAUAAUGAUCACUGGAGGUUCUUUAAGGGAAAAACUGUGUGAAGCCAUUCAUCAGGUGAAGGUGAGAUGUGGGCUGCAGCGGCCUUUCAAAAUGGUCGAACUCGAAUCGAACCUGGUUAAGGCUAACGAGUUUGCUUUAAUAUGGAAUGAAAUAGUUACCACUUUUAGGGAAGAAGAUAUCAUUUCUGAUGAAGAGGUUGGGCUACUACAGUUGCCUCCGAAUUCAUGGGAGAUCAGGGUCAUUCGUUGGCCAUGUUUUCUUUUGGGGAAUGAGUUGCUACGCUCUCUUAAUCUGGCAAUGGACUUCUACGAUGAGCCGGAUAACUGGCUCUGGUAUAAAAUAUGCAAGAAUGAGUAUAGGCGUUGUGCUGUGAUUGAAACAUAUGAUUGUGUCAAGUACUUGAUGCUUCAUAAACUAAUCAAAAGCAGUACCGAGGAGCAUUCCAUUCUCAAAGCCUUGUUUCAGGAAAUCGAUCAUUCUAUCGAGAUUGAAAAGUUCACUAAGACAUUUAGAAUGAUUGCACUGCUUCAAAUCCAUUCCAGGUUGAUAAAACUUGUUGAGCUGCUACUUGAACCAAACAAGAAUGUGAAUGAGAUUGCUAAUGCUAUGCAGUCACUUUAUGAAAUUGUUGUUCCUUACCUUUUCAAAGAAAAGAGGACAAUGGACCAAUUGAGGGAAGAUGGAUUGGCUCCCAAGAGUCGAACCACCAUGGCAGGAUUGCUAUUCGAGAACGCAGUUGAGUCGCAGGAUCCUAGUAAUAAGGACUUCUAUAUGCAGGUUAAGCGCUUGCAUACAAUUCUUACCACCAGGGACUCCAUGCAUUCCAUUCCUGUUAAUAACGAGGCAAGGCGUCGACUUGCUUUCUUUAGUAACUCACUCUUUAUGAAAAUGCCUCGAGCUCCUCGAGUGGAGGAGAUGAUAGCUUUCAGUGUCCUUACCCCUUUCAACGAUGAAGCUGUGUUGUACAGCAAAAAAACACUCAAAACUAAGAACGAGGAUGGGAUUUCUAUCCUGUAUUAUUUGCAGACCAUUUAUGAUGAUGAGUGGAAGAACUUCAUCGAAAGAAUGCGUAGAGAGGGAAUGGUGACAGCAGAUGAAAUAUGGACAACCAAGUUAAGAGAUUUAAGGCUUUGGGCAUCUUAUAGAGGCCAGACAUUUGCACGCACGGUCAGAGGCAUGAUGUACUAUUAUCGAGCUCUACAGCUGCUAGCUUUUCUCGAUUCUUCAUCUGAGACGGAUAUUACCGUAACAAAAGAGGAAGAAGGUAUUGCUCUGAUGAAGUAUACCUAUGUUGUUUCAUGUCAGAAGUAUUGGGAACAUAAGGCCAUAGGAGACCCUCGUGCUGAGGAAAUCAUUGAUCUUUUGAAACAUAAUGAAUCCCUUCGGAUGGCCUAUGUUGAUCAGGUUUCAACAGAGAGCGACGAGAAGGAAUAUUACUCGGUUCUCGUUAAGUACGACCGGCAAUUACAACGGGAGGUGGAGAUAUAUCGAAUCAAGUUGCCUGGUCCAAUGAACAUUGGAGAAGGCAAACCAGAGAAUCAAAACCAUGGCAUUGUCUUCACUCGUGGUGAUGCAGUUCAAACUAUUGAUAUGAACCAAGACAACUAUUUCGAGGAAGCACUAAAAAUCCGUAACCUGUUGGAAGAAUUCAAGCACCAUCAUGGAAUCCAUAGACCAACUAUCUUGGGAGUUAGAGAACAUAUUUUCAGUGGCUCUGUUUCAUCAGUUGCUUGGUUUAUGUCAGCACAGGAAACGAGUUUUGUUACCUUAUUUCAACGUCUCUUUGCUAAUCCGCUGAAAAUCCGAAUGCAUUACGGCCAUCCCGAUAUGUUCGAUAGGCUUUGGUUCAUGACUCGUGGUGGCCUUAGUAAAGCCUCCAAAGUGAUUAAUAUCAGUGAGGACAUUUUUGCCGGCUUCAACUGUACUUUGAGAGGGGGCAGUGUCACACACCAUGAAUACAUUCAAGUGGGCAAAGGUCGAGACCUUGGGUUGAAUCAAAUAUCAACCUUUGAAGCCAAGAUAGCUUGUGGGAGUGGGGAACAAUUCCUCAGCAGAGAUGUUUACAGGUUGGGUCAAAGACUUGAUUUUUUCAGGAUGUUAUCAUUCUUUCACACGACAAUUGGAUAUUUUUUCAAUACAACAGUGAUCGUCCUUUCUGUCUAUGGAUUCCUAUGGGGUCAACUUUAUCUGGCUCUCAGUGGUGUCGAGAAUUCCGUUCUAGGGAACGAUACCAACAGCAAGAAAGCACUGAGCGCUGUUAUCAAUCAAGAACUCAUCAUCCAGUUUGGUCUCUUUAUGACACUUCCAGCAAUACUCGAGAGCUCAGUCGAGAGUGGUUUCCUUGAAGCAAUUUGGGAAUUCUUGGUAAUGCAGCUCCAGCUUUCAACUGUUUUCUACACGUUCUCAAUGGGAACGCGUGUACAUUUCUUUGGUCGGACUGUCCUUCACGGAGGUGCAAAGUAUCGACAAACCGGGCGUAAUUUCGUCGUGCAACACACAAGUUUCGCAGAGAAUUACAGAUUGUACGCACGCAGCCAUUUCAUAAAGGCCAUUGAGUUCGGAUUGAUUCUCAUGGUUUAUGCAACAUACACCCCAUCAGCCAAGGUCACAUUUUUUUACAUAGACAUGUCACUCACAUGUUGGCUGCUAGUUGUCUCAUGGAUAUUUGCUCCCUUCCUAUUCAAUCCUUCGGGUUUUGAUUGGCUAAAGACUGUAGACGACUUCGAUGAUUUCAUGAACUGGAUUUGGUACCGCGGCAGCAUAUUUGCAAAGGCUACAGAAAGCUGGGAAAGUUGGUGGUACGAGGAGCAGCACCAUUUACUCACAACCAGCCUAUGGGGAAAGCUACUGGAAAUCAUUUUGAACCUACGUUUCUUCUUUUUCCAAUAUGGAAUUGUAUACCAUCUGGGAAUUUCAGGCCAAAGUGGGAGUGUUUUCGUUUACUUGUGGUCUUGGAUCUUCAUAUUCGCAGCAUUCGGAAUCUAUCUAACGAUGUCGUAUGUUCGGGACAACUACGGGGCAAAAAAGCAUAUAUAUGUUCGGCUGGCUAAAUUCCUUUUGAUGAUACUUGGAAUACUUCUUGGUAUUGCUCUGAGACAGUUCACAGCCUUCAAAUAUGUUGAUGUUUUCACCAGCCUGUUGGCUCUUGUUCCUACUGGUUGGGGACUUAUAUCCAUAGCUCAAGUAUUUCAACCCCUUCUUCGCCAUACCAGACUGUGGGACUCUGUGGUUUCCUUGGCUCGAUUCUAUGAGAUGAUGUUUGGAGUCAUAGUGAUGGGUCCAGUGGCAGUUCUAUCAUGGAUGCCUGGAUUCCAAUCAAUGCAAACAAGGAUUCUAUUUAAUGAUGCAUUUAGCAAAGGCCUGCAAAUUUCUCGUAUUCUUCAUGGAAGAAAAAGUAGAAAACUUGGGAGAUGUACCUUGUUGGUUCGUGGUUCUAAUGUGGGUCUGAGUUCAGAGGGUGAUGACUUUGUUCCAUAUUCUGGGAGAAGAACACUGCUUGCCUGGCUGAUUGAUUCUGGUGCUGUGCAGUUGAGCGAAAAGGUGCAGUAUAUGAAUCGUAGGAGAACAAAAGUGAUGCUAGAGGGCUGGAUCACAAGGGAUGGAAUCCACUGUGGUUGUUGUAGUAAAAUCCUCACUGUUUCAAAAUUUGAGAUACAUGCUGGAAGCAAAUUACGCCAACCAUUUCAGAAUAUAUGUUUGGAUUCUGGUGUUUCUCUCCUUCAGUGCCAAAUUGAUGCAUGGAACAGACAAGUGGAGUCUGAGCAGAUUGGUUUUCAUUCUGUAGACGUAAAUGGUGAUGACCCCAAUGAUGAUACUUGUGGCAUUUGUGGAGAUGGUGGGGAUCUGAUAUGUUGUGACAGUUGUCCCUCAACAUUUCAUCAGAGCUGCCUCAAUAUAGAGUUCCUACCAGCGGGUGAUUGGCACUGUCCAAAUUGUAUAUGCAAAUUUUGUAGUAUUGGCAGUGGCAUUGCUCAAGAGGAUGAGAUAACUGAUUGCGCCCUUCUCACUUGCAGCCUGUGCGAGAAAAGAUACCACAAAUCAUGCAUCGAAGUGAAAGAUGAGAUUCAUAUUGAUUCGAACAGUUUAGUCCUUCCUUUUUGUGGGCAGACAUGUAGAGAGCUCUUUGAGCAUUUACAGAAGUAUCUAGGGGUCAAACAUGAACUCGAAGCAGGAUUUUCAUGGUCUCUUAUUCGAAGAACAGGUGCAGAUUUGGAUAUAAUUGCCAAAGGGCUUACGCAAAGGGUGGAAUGCAAUUCUAAACUAGCUGUUGCACUGACUGUGAUGGAUGAAUGCUUUUUGCCCAUCGUUGACAGGAGAAGUGGGAUCAACAUAGUCAAUAAUGUCCUUUACAAUUGUGGAUCGAAUUUCAACCGGCUGAAUUAUAGUGGCUUCUACACUGCUAUUCUGGAGAGAGGCGAUGAAAUAAUUUCUGCAGCAUCAAUCAGGUUCCAUGGAACUGAGCUAGCAGAGAUGCCGUUCAUUGGCACACGUCACAUCUACAGGCAUCAGGGAAUGUUCCGACGGCUUUUCUGUGCUAUUGAGUCGGCUCUCUGUUCUCUGAAGGUUCACAAACUAGUCAUCCCUGCAAUUGCUGAACUUACACAUACAUGGACUGCUGUUUUCGGUUUCACCGCACUAGAAGAAUCAGUUAAGCAAGAAAUGAGGUCCGUGAAUAUGUUGGUCUUUCCUGGUAUAGAUAUGCUGCAGAAGGUUCUAUUGAAGCUGGAAAACAUGGAGGCGACUGCUGUGACAGGUGCUAAGUGUACUGAACCGACACCUGAGGUGGCUAACGGAUCUAAACCUGGUUUAUCAUCUGGGAAUGAUACUCAAGAAUGUGAUGAUGGUGGUUUGAAUCAUUCUAGUCGGAUAAAUGGUGAAACUGAAGGUGCUGAUUCAGAUUCCCGAUGUCCAAAUGUUUCUACGAAUGAUACUUGUGGAACCAGUAGUUCCUCAGAUGCAUCCCCAGAUGGUAAAUACAAUGCUAACCCUAGCUCAAGCCAUGAUGCACUUGAGCUACAGAAUAAGGCAGGACUUGAUGAUCCCGCCGAAGAUAAUCAGUCCGAUGAUGAGACUGAUUCACAGUCUGGGAACAAGGAAACCGAAUCUGCUUCGGACAGUGAAAAUUUUGCUUCCUCUAUGGACUAUAAUGCGGUAGACAAGGGAAAUAAAAUGGUGGUAUCGGAUUCUGCUAUCGAGAAAAAUACUGAAUCCCGUGAAGAUGGUGAUAUAGAUAUGGAUGCUGUAGAUGCAGUCGACAAUGUUGAAGAAACUCUAUCAGGGGACAAGCUAGCUGAAUCAUCUGUCGGAGAAUCUGAUGAACAUAACAGUCAGAGUGAUACGACGAGUAAGGGUGUUAAUCAAGUUGAUAACGUAGCUGUUUCCGAUGAACUUGGAGUUCGAGUCUCAGUUAAGGAAAACACACUUGCCGGUUCCGAGUCUGGGGAGAAGUUAGCAAUGUCGGCUUCCCCCGAGAAGGCUUUAAUCUCUGGUACGCGUACAAAUUGUGAUGCAGUAGAGAUGGAAACUAAAUCAACGUUGGAUCUUCGCAAAGAUCGUUCUGGUUAUUGUGAGGAGCAUCAUGUGUGUGAUCAAGUGUCGAAUUUACAGUGAAAUGCUUACUUUUUGGGUUGUAUUAUGUAAUUACCACAAGUUUUAGAAAAGAAAAAGAUGUAAUUUUUUUCUCUCCCACUGAAAUUUUAAAUUAGUAUCUCAAUUUUUUA